CUCUAUAUAUUUCCACAGAGCUUUGAUAUAUUUUGACGCCUCUGCUAUUGCCACCACCUCAGUUUGUUUGAGCUCUCAAGUGGAAUAAAAAAUGGCAGAUGAAGACUAUGAUAUGGACGGAGGAUACGAGGAUGAGCCCAUAGAGCCCGAACCUGAUGAAGUAGAAGAGAUAGAAGAAGAAAAUGGCAACCUUGAGGACGUACCAGACCCCCUAUUGGGGGAAGGUGAGGAAAAUCCAGAGCAAGAGCCUGUGGAGCAACCUCGGAAAACAUCCAAGUAUAUGACAAAAUAUGAACGUGCAAGAAUCUUGGGUACUCGAGCAGUCCAGAUCAGCAUGAAUGCUCCUGUGAUGGUUGAGUUGGAGGGUGAAACUGAUCCUCUUGAGAUUGCAAUGAAAGAGCUCCGAGAAAAGAAGAUACCCUUCACAAUUCGUCGAUACCUGCCUGGCCGAAGUUAUGAAGAUUGGGGAGUCGAUGAAUUGAUCGUUGAGGAUUCAUGGAAGAGACAAGUUGGAGGAGUUUGAAAGAUGUUUUACAUGCUGUCCUAAGUGCUUCUGCUUGUAGGCUUGGGAAGAACUAUUUAACAAUCGACUUUGCCCCUAUGAAAAUCAGAAACUAGAUGUGAAGAACUAUUGAUGUAGAGAUAAAUGCUUGUGUGCUUCAUGAAGUUAUUACUACUAGUACUGGUCUUGGCUUUCACAUGUUUGUGUUCGAGUAAACUGCAGCUUCUUGUUACUGUCUUAAAAAUUAAAAUAGUAUUCUGCUAUUUGAUCGUACAA